AGUCAGAUGAAGGGGAACUCCUCCGCACCCCUGAGGCCAGCUGAAGCCAGAGCUCUGUGAGUUGAGCCGCCUUGGUGCCAUGGACGUCAAGGGCUGUCACCCGAAGCAGCCUUUUGUGGAAGCAAUUCCUCUGGAAAUCAGCGAGGCUUGCUUGCCUCUGUGCAAACAAUGGAAGCAUCGGUCGGGUUGGAGCGACCUAUUUGCGGAAACGGAGAACCUGGCUGCUCUUAGAGAAACUAGCCGGAGAAGCGGAUUCUCUUUGUUUGAAAAUACUUUGGGUAGCAGCAGUGUCCUGUCCGUAACCGGGGCACGCUUGUAAUCCGGCCACUGUAACUUCAGCCUAGCGCAGGAGUCGAAGUCCUGUGCAGAUUCACGUAACUCCAUGGGACCACUAGUCCGAGGGGGAGCUUUGUGGACGCUUGGCGGGGCAAUGACUUCAAAAUACCUCUUCUUGGGACUGGCCAUCUUCUCCUCACUUAUCCAAGGUGUGAUAGAAGCCAGCUCUUGGUGGUCUCUGGGUAUGAACCACAUGAAUCCUAUGAACCCUGUUCAGAUGCCAGAGGUGUACAUAAUUGGAGCCCAACCACUCUGCAGCCAACUGGCAGGGCUUUCUCAAGGACAGAAGAAACUCUGCCACUUAUACCAGGACCACAUGCAGUACAUUGGAGAGGGAGCAAAGACAGGGAUUAAGGAAUGCCAGUAUCAGUUCCGCCACAGAAGAUGGAAUUGUAGCACUGUGGAUAAUAACUCUGUUUUUGGCAGAGUCAUGCAGAUAGGCAGCAGGGAGACUGCUUUCACGUAUGCUGUCAGUGCUGCUGGAGUGGUUAAUGCAAUGAGCCGAGCCUGCCGAGAGGGGGAGCUCUCUUCCUGUGGCUGCAGCAGGGCGGCUAGACCAAAAGAUUUGCCUCGGGACUGGCUGUGGGGUGGCUGUGGAGACAACAUUGACUAUGGCUAUCGCUUUGCCAAGGAAUUUGUGGAUGCCCGGGAGCGAGAGAGAAUAUAUCAGAAAGGAUCUUACGAGAGUUCCAGGAUCUUGAUGAAUCUACAUAACAAUGAGGCAGGAAGAAGAACAGUAUACAGUUUGGCAGAUGUGGCCUGCAAAUGUCAUGGGGUGUCUGGAUCAUGCAGCCUGAAGACCUGUUGGCUGCAGCUGGCAGACUUUCGUAAAGUUGGCGAUGCUCUGAAGGAGAAAUAUGACAGUGCAGCAGCCAUGAAACUCAACCCCCGGGGCAAGCUGGUGCAAGUGAACAGUCGCUUCAACCCACCAACCAUCCAUGACCUUGUGUACAUUGACCCCAGCCCUGAUUACUGCGUGCGCAAUGAGAGCACUGGCUCCCUGGGCACCCAGGGCCGGCUCUGCAAUAAGACUUCGGAAGGCAUGGAUGGCUGUGAACUCAUGUGCUGUGGCCGGGGCUACGAUCAGUUCAAGACGGUGCAGACAGAGCGCUGCCACUGCAAGUUCCAUUGGUGCUGCUACGUGAAAUGCAAGAAAUGCACAGAAAUUGUGGACCAGUUUGUCUGCAAAUAGGUGGGAAUGGGUGGGAAGAGCUGUUCCAGUCUACCAGCAGGCGCUGUUGCCCCAGGAUGAUCUCCACUCUUAUUUAUAGAGCCCAAUGGGUUGCUUUCCUUGUUUAUAUAUUAAAAAAAACAAUCUUUUGCAAAGAGAAGCAAUGGGGAAACUUUGUUGCACCCAGCCCAGACUGUGUUUUAUAUUUUUUACGAUAAUGUGGGAGAACCUAAGAGAAUAUUUAUUUUACACAAUCAGAAUUAAGACUUAAAAAAAAAAAAACAGGUUAAAUUUCCCUUUGAAAUACUCUAUCCCAUAUAGUUUUGUGGGACAUAGUACAUGUGCUGUAGAUGAAGUAUCUGUGUAACAACUGUACCCAAAGAAAAACUAUACAACGAAGAAUGAAAUAAAUUAAGAAUAUAUACUUCAAAUACUGAAUCAUUAUAAUAAAAUAUAACCUAGUGAGAUUCUAAAAUGGCAUGUAAUAAUUGUUCCUUAUAUAAAUACUCUUCUGCAAAAAUUUAAAAUGAAACCUUAAAAGUCCCAGAACUGUGAAAGUCUUUCACAUUUCUUGUAUAACCCAAAUAGUAAACUCUUUCAGAAUUCUUACAGAGGUCCAAUAAUCCAAUUGUUCAAGGUACAAGACGACUGUGUGAUGUAGUCCUCAUAUGUAGAGAAGAAGAUUCAGUGUAGGAUUCUGGUUUUUAGAUAACCAUUCUUUUGUGGUUCCUAUCAGCCUUUCACGUUUUGACCCUCCUGGGUCUUCCUCAGUGGCACACUAUGCAGACUUCAACUUUUUUGUAGGUAGUGUACAAUAAAAUUAUAUCUUCAGAGUCUCUCUCUCUAUAAUUUGUAGAACCAUAUCCAAUACAAUAGCUGCCCAUAUUUGAAGUAAAAUUACCCAGGCAGCAAUUGCUUUCCCUUAAAACCAUGUUGACCAGUUAACUUGAUAAUAGAUACUACUGAAAACACCAGGGGAAGAAAAACCAAAAACAACAUCAUAAUCAAACUAAAUGUAAGGUAUACUCUGCAUGGUAUGGUUUAGCAUUAUAUUAACUCCUUAGUUCAAAGUAAUAUGUAAUCCCAGGGGCACUUUAGACUUUUAUAUUAGAAGUUAUCUUAACAACCAGCAUAUCACCAAGUGUAAUGUAGCUCCUUUUCAAGAAUACAGCAUCAACUCUCACUCAUUAAUCCACAAUCACUUGUUACUACUCUGCACCUGGAUCCUCCCAGGUACAUAGAGUCCCUCCACAUAUGAUCCAAUUAUGAGUAACUACCCGUGGAACAAGUACACAAACUUACAUGGUUUGGAUUCCUAAUCCUGAAAAAACUAAACACAAUUGAUGCAUUUAGAGCAGGCCUGCUCAAUUUAGCACCCCCCCAGCUGUUUUUGGACUACAACUCCCUUAAUCCCCAGCUACAGUGACCAAUAGCCAAGGAUUAUGGGAGUUGUAGGCCAACAUCUGCAGGAGGACCGAAAUUGAGCAGCCCUGAUCUAGAAUUUAAUAUGUAUGCAAUGAAAAGACCAAUAGAAAACAGUAAUAGAAAAAUAGUAUUAAACACCGGCCAACCUCAGCUACCUGCAAGCCAGUUUAUAUCUUCAUUUAAACCCCAUGGUUUCCAUGUUUCUAAAGUAUAAAUCCAGAAUAGUUCUCUAUGUAACAGAAAGUUGUUCAUAUUCCGAUGCUUUUUUCUGUCAUUACUGUGCAGAAAAGUCGUAUCUCCUCUGCUUUAUGAUUGUAUUUUAAGAAGUGUUUCACUAGAGCUGCCUGGAUCUUACCUUUUCUAAUGCAACUCCUGUGCUCAAUAAUUCUAGUUUUUACAGCUCUAGUGGUCAUUCCAACAUACAAUAGGGACAAGGAUAUAUUACAUAUACUGCACCUUGCAUGUUACAUGUAAAGAAAUCUUUUGAGUGAUAUAUUUUUAGGUGCAAAGGAUUUAUAAAUUUUCUAUUUAAUCCAAUUUCUGCAAAUGGAACAGUUACCACAUGGAAACUGUCCUAACAGAAGUUGUCUAUCCAAAGUACUCAUCUGGAUAUGUUGACUAUUCCUCAAAUUAAUCUACUAUGAACCAGAAGGUCCUUAAUGUUGAAACUACGCUUCCAUGUAAACAAUGGUGGUCUUGAACACCUAGGUAUGUUGUGUAUUAAAUGCCAAUGUUUCUUCAUGAUGCAUUCAGUGCUCAUGUCAUAGGUUAUAAGGAUAAUCAUUCUAUCCAGUGUGCUUCUGAUGACGUAUCCAGAAAGAAGUGUCUCCUGUUUAUUAAUCCAGGUCUGUUUAUUAAUCCAGUUGGGAUAACCUUUAUCCUGCAGUUGCCGUGUGAGAAUAGCAGCUUGUUUCUCAAAAGCCCAUAUAGUGCUGUAGUUCCUACAUAUUCUCAGCAUCUGGGAAUAAGGUAAAAAACUUUAAAAAAAAAAGAUUCCGGAUGGAAGCUAUCAAAUUUUAACCACGAAUUAACAUCAGAAAUUUUCUUGAACUGAUCUGUGUGUAACUUUCCUCCUCUGUUCUCUAUUCCAUAUCAAAACAUUUGAUUUUAUCCAGUCCAUAAGAUAUUUCAAAUUUUAUAGUAGGAUGAAUAUUAUUUUAAAACUGUUUAAAACUCAAGACUCCAUCUUCUGAACUUGUCCAUAUUAAAAAGAUGUCAUCUAAAUAUCUUUUAUAGAUGUAUAUAUGUUCAACAAAUAUAUUAUUUUUAAGGAUGUACUGUACAACUGUUCAAAAUGAUCCAUAAAUCAGCCAGUUCAGGGGCAAAUUUACAACCCAUUGCCACUCCAGAAAUCUGCCAAUAAUGAUGAUGGAUUUGUGGAAAGAAACAAUUAUUCCAUGCCAUUUUAGAAUCUCACUGUAUUAUAUUUUAUGAUAAUUAUUCUGCAUUUAACAUAUUAAAUGAGUAUUUUUUAAUUUAUCUGGCUCUUUAGUAUAGGUCAGGUUUUCUUUGGGUACAGCUAUGAUUUGGUGAACUCUCCUAGUUUGUAUCAGUGUAACAUACUUGGGAUCGGAGCAUUAUCUGUAUGGAGUUGGUGACAUACAAAUAUUGACAUGAUAUUUCUUCUUAACUUUAGUGUCGAAAAAGAAUUGAAACAGACUGAUGCAAUAUUGAUUGGUAUAUUCACAAGAUUUAGCAUGAAUCCGCCUUGCAUCAGCCACAUGGCAACUUUAAUAUAUGGGUGAGAGCAUAAGUGUCCAAAAGCCACAGCUAUGCUGCUAGGUUACCUCUAGAGGCCCAUUAAUUUAACUUGAUAUUUUCCAUGUAUACUUGGAACUCCUGUAAAAAUGCACUUUCUGAGUGGUGCCAACACAGGAACUGCACAUGAAAGAUAUCUAGGAUGGGAAGAUGCAGUUCCCUUGUCAGUCCCAUUCACAUCAUGCAUUUUCCCAGAAGCAAGAGUGGAAAGAAGAAUAUGUGUUGUGUGAAUAGGCUAGGACCAUAAUUGUUUUGAAUAACUAGCAAAACUCAAGAGGGAGAGAAUUUGACUUGGACAGUGUUGAUCAAAGCAAAAUAUGAGCUUCCAGUAAAAUAGCAUAUUUCAUGUUAUGCACAAUUAGAAAGCAUUAUUGACUUACUUUAAGAGACUAUCUAAUAGAUAUCAUGUCAAAUUUCCUAAAGAACAUCUGCUACUUUAACUGUGCUGGAACUGCAGCCAUGACAUACUUGUAGUCUGAAAAGAUUCUUUCUUUCUUUCUUUCUUUCUUUCUUUCUUUCUUUCUUUCUUUCUUUUAAAGUUGUCUUAAUUUGAAAACCAUUUUUUUAUUUUUCAAGUGGUAUGGGAAAUUUAUUUCUCUUGAAACAGAAACUGAUCAACAGCAUUGUAGAAUUUGAAAAAAACAACACUUGAGUUGGGAAUACAGUAGUAAGAUAUAUAUUAAUCCAUGGCUACUACAGGUCAACAUGCAGUGUUGCAGAAAUGCCCAUUUUGCCAUCCUGUGUCUCUCUUGUUUUAAUGCACAGAGCUUUAGAAAUAUAUUGCAGCUAUGCACAAACCGCUCAGACUGUACUUGAGUGGUUUACUUAUAUAUAUGGGAAAACUAUGGUCUGCUGGUGUCUGGUAUCUCAGCCCCUUAAAAAAACAAAAACAUGUAUGUUGUCAGUGCACACCAAUGAUUUUUUAAAAAAAGCAUAUAAAAGCUAUUCAAGUUACCAAGACAAUUUCUUUGUUUAAAAUGAACAUAUUAAUUAUUUUCUCCCUCACCCUCUCUCUCUUUCUUUUUUUGUGGGGUGGUGAGGGGAAGCCCUAAUGAAUCUCUUAAGGGUUCUUAUUGGUUGGUUUCUUAUAGUUGGAUUCUAAAUUCUCUUUGUGGGUUUCAUAAUGUAUGGGUGUUGAACAAGUCAUUCACAAGUUAACAUUCUUUUCCCCCAGGAAGUGUACUCUCUUUCCGCUCAGUCCAGUAGAUGUUCCUUCUGUAUAUAUUCUCUACUGUAGGUUGUGUUUUGGGGCAAUAAGUACAGACAACAUAAUGCAUGGGUUCAUGCUGGCUUAGAACCUCUCUUUACUUCUGCAAGGGCAUUAUUGCUGAUGAUGGAAAAGAAACACAUACACAAAUAUCUCUCACACAAAUGGUGGUCCAUUUGCCCUGUUAAACAAGACCUCUCUUUGCUCUUUUCUUUGCUACAAACUCAGCGUGUUCUUUCUGUAUUUCCAAGGCCUUUCUCCAAAAUUGCCCUGCCCAAUAAAUAUAAGUGAAUUGGAAUGAGUGCCAUGUUAACAUUAAUUUCUCACAGGCCUAUGAGCUGUCACAUUAAUCUAAUUGUGAUUAUCAGCUUUCAAAAUGAUUGCUCUUAAUUUAUUGUGCAAGAAGAUAUUUACCUCCUUGGUUCCUGGUGUUCACAAACCAACAUCAACUUAAAAAAAAUAAAAAUAAAACACUAGUUCAUUAAAUAUGUCACUUUGGUUUUUAUUAUACAAAAACCAUAAUCAUUUUUUAAUAUGUCAAAUCACCUUUUCUUUAUAGAGAUUCCUAUUUGUGAGCAGAGUGGAGUCUAAUGAUCCUAGCAAAUAAAGUGCUAUUUAAUGUAAAAUAUUUUGCUUGUUUUCUUCAGAUAUUAUGUAAAUCUACUAUGUCCUUUUCUUUGUUCUGUACAUUUAAUGUACAUAUUUCCAUCGUGUGAUUUGUAUAUUUCACUGGGUUUUUUCUAAAAAGGCAUAUGCCAUAAUGGAAGAUAGACUAUAAAAAUAAAAUGAUGGUUAUAUAUUGGGA